GUUAGUUUAAAGGCGCUGUAUUUCAGUAAGACGUCUAUUUCAGCUGUCCCGGUGGCUAAUAUCGAGUUGUUUGUGUAUUCAAUGUAAAUUUCAUGUUAAAGGAAGCCCCAAUGUCACCGGCCCGGCAGUGCUUCAGCCAGAAUUAUCCCUUGUUCAUCAAAACGAUGCCAACGGAAAAUGAACUCAAGUUUUAUUAUACUGUUCAUACAUCACUAGAUGUUGUUGAAGAAAAGAUUAGCUCUAUUGGGAAAAAUGCCAAUGAUCUGCGGGAGCUUUAUCUUGGACUGCUGUACCCAACAGAAGAUUAUAAAGUUUAUGGCUAUGUCACAAACACCAAGGUGAAGUUUGUUGUGGUUGUGGAGUCAUCGAACCUCACCCUAAGGGACAAUGAUAUUCGAGGGAUGUUUCGGAAGCUCCACCACGCCUACGUUGACAUGCUGUGCAAUCCCUUUUACAACCCUGGAGAAAACAUCACAUCCAGGAAUUUUGAAAAUGUUGUGAUUUCCAUGAUGCAACAAGAAUAGUCUCGCACCAGUCAUUACCCUGUGGAUCAGUGGAGUCGAGAGGCCAUAAACGUACAUUCCAGCUGAUUGUGGAGUUCAAGUCAGAAGUGAAGGUGCUGGGCACUUUGUAGUGUACUUGUCAAGCGGAACAUCUCCUGACUGUAUGUAACUAGUUGCUGACUGGCUGGGGUGUUGAAUCAUUCUGUGGUAUCAGUAACAAUCUGCACAACAGCUGCAAACAACUAAAAUGGUCCAAUUAACCAAGUGGUUUUUCAAGUGGUACUAUUUUUGACUCAACCAAGACCCCACAAUAUUCCAAACACUCACAUUUACUGUAGUUUACAUCAAACACAGAAUGAAUUAUAAUUUCUUUUUUGAAAAGGCCUACAUACAAUCCUGUGUUUAAAUUCAAUUUAUUCAGAUUAUUUGUAACAGGGCUAAAGAUGUCAAAUAUCAAAUGUGUCCAAACUUAUAGAAUUUGCUGAUCUUUAAUGUAUACCAGUAGAUAUUUAUUUGUAAUGAAGAAUGAUUACUAAGGGACCGUUCAUAAUUUAUGGCCUGGGUGUGUGUGUGUGGUUAUGAUGAUUUAUAUGGUGAAGCAUGUACAAUUUGAAUGAACCCCCCUAAGAUUUAUGUACAAUGUAAUUG